AUGCCUGGCAAGGAACUGUUCAUAGAGAAGAGGCUAAAGUCUCUUGAUGAGAUUGAUUCUUCCGUAGUAGAAUUAUUGGAUAACAUGUCCAAGGUUUUCGAUAAAUACGCCAAUGCCAAUAGUAAUUACGAUGAUGCAAAGAAACAAAUAACUGAUCAAACCAAAAUGAUAUAUCAAAAUAUAAGUGAUAUUGCCAUAAAUUUAAGAAAGGAAGUGAAAAUUAUGGAUGAAAACAUUGGAAGAUAUGACCAAAAUGAAGAUUCAGUGAUGAUAUUACCCAUUGCUGUUGAUCAAAAGAAUACAAAAUUAGGUAAAAGACGUUUACAAGAAGAAUUAGAACAAUUAAAAACUCUUCUACCGGAAGAACCUACAGAAGAGCAAAAGAUGUUGCAUUUGAUCAACGCAAAGGAUAAGAAAGUCGAAGAAACGAAGCGUCCCAUCAAAGAAGAAUCAUCUGUGAAAGUUGAGAUUAAAGAUGAUAAGUUUCAAGAUAAUAAAAAGGAUGAUACAAAGGGUGACAUGAAAAAUGACGUAAAGGAUGAACCUGUACAAAUUGAUGAAACGUUUGAGGACGAUGACUUUGUGGUGUUGAAUUAG